AUGGCAGGGUAUCAGCCGACUGAUCGUAUUAUCAGUUGGUUGGCACAGUCAGGCCCUUCGUCCCCGGGUGGACCCCGCAGCAACGUUCCCGCAGACUCACAGUCUGGGGAACACUCUCACAACUCUGGCUCAGGAAGCCAAAGAUCGACCUUGACAUGUACCUCGUGCAGGAGUAGCAGGAUUAAUCAGGUGUUGGGACAGGAUAUCCUGCCACAGGAUAUCCUGCCACAGGAUAUCCCUCUGCCAGAGUCUUAUGCAUCUUCUUCAAAUGGCAGCGACCUUGGAACGGAUCCAGGUGGAUCUCGAGAUUCACAGGAUUAUUUGAAUUCAUCACACCAGCACACUCCCCCUGCCGUGGCAACGCAAGCGCCUGAAGUGCAUAUGCAAACCACACCCCAAGUGCCGAGGCCCAUAGUCAUUGCAGCGCCAUAUUACUCGGCACAAAGACCAGUAUACCGACAGCGAUACCAAAGAACUCUUGACAAUGCAGCAAGUGUGUUGGAUCACAUCAGGGACGGCAAUGUUUGCAAAUCAUCUCGCCACGACCGGGCUUACUUGAUCCAUUACGACUAUUCCAGGCAAUAUGGAUUGUAUUCCAAGGAGAUUCAAGAUGCCCGACAGAUCUGGAACCUGGCAAAUACACGCAAUGAUGUCUACCGACGUGUUCUCGUCGUGCAAGACCUAUCCAGGUCGACAAUACAUGCCUUGGGAGAGACAUUUCGCAUCAACCCGGAGUUUUUCGAAGAGCAUUUGCUCAACUCCGGAUACGCGGGAGCGGAAUAUGAUAUGCUACCAGCCAAAAUGUGGACGACUGCAGCGCUGGAGAAAUCGUAUGCUUCAACAAAGUGGAUUCGACCUGUUUAUCGACUCCCGAUGUACUCCUGGAACUACAGAAUGCAGGAUAUUGCCAAGACUGGGAUGCCGGAAUCUGGGGGUUCUUAUACGAGUGGCGAGAGCGGGGAAGAUCCUUCGAACCAGAGUAUUGUUGAGCAUUUUACGCGGUAUGGCACAGUGAGGACUCGUGUCGCGACGAAUAUCUUCAGAUCGGAAUCUCGUUUAUGGACGAACCCUGACCAGGCGAACAAGACACAGAGAGAGUGUGGUUUGGAAGAGAGAAUCUCGAUCUGGAGAGGAAGACUUGCUGGGGGGUGUGAGAUUGUGAUAAUACUCACUGAUCCUCUGCCGAUGGUGGAAGAGUUACACCCCUGUGAUGAAACAACCAAUUUCGAAUUGAACAAGUUUUGGGGACGUGUUCAAAGGAGCAAAAAUGAAGUGAAGGUUAGUUUGGAGGAAUCUGAUGGCGACGAAUGGGCUGAAAGAGGCAUUUCUCGCGAGGCCGAAAGGCAUUCACCGUUUAGAGCAACUGGAGAGCCCUUGCUCAUGCAAUGGGCCAGGUCUCUCAAGAAGCUCGCGGAGAACCGAAAGGCGAACAUGAAAAAUGAUUCGUUCAUUGGUCCAUUUUCAGUUCAGCAGUCGUUGCAGAAGAUUAUUAUUAAGGAAAUCUCUCCCCGCCACACCGUGGCCGCCGAUCUGGAUCGGAUUUUUGAAUCGGAGGAAUCAACGGGAUUUUUUGAAACAAGAACGCGCUCCUCUUCAACGCUCUAUGGGCUCUGUGAUGAGAUUCAGCAACAUGGUGGUCCAAUCCUGUUGGGCAGCUCGGUGUUCCACAUCAUCAAACAAGACACUUUGACAUUCCUUCGGCGAUUGAGUCACUACGGCCUUGAUGAAAUGGAGGUCGGGGUUCUCGACGAGACAAAAAUGGAAGAUCAGCUAUCAACUUGGAUCCAGGCAAUAAGCCAUGCGCAGAGAGAGAUUGCCGAGCUGCAGGCUUGUCUGGAGCCCUUUGUUGCUUUCUGUGCUUCCCUUGACGCCCCCCAUGUCUUCAACGCAAACGAACCCGUCCCAGCCACUGAGCCGAAAGUUCUUCGGGAAUUCCAGCAGCUUUCCGAGAUGAUAACUCAGAUGUCUGAUCGACUGCAGCGAACAUCGGCGCUUCUCACGUCGAACUUAGGCUUAUUGGAAAGCCGACGCUCCAUCAAUGAGGCCCAAGCCGUGAGCAGACUUACCGAGCUCGCAUUUGUGUUUGUUCCUCUUUCGUUCGCAGCCUCGAUCUUCGGCAUGCAGGUCCAAUCGUUUGCCGAUCCAGUUCCCCUGCGAAGUUUCUUCAUAGUUGCAGUUGGAGUCACGCUAUUCGCUUACUUCAUGCGAAUGACCAUGCGAAGCCAGUGGCUCGCCUACCUCAAAGUCGUAUUGAGGAGCGAUGUUCGAAAAUACGCUGAAAGCCAUGGUCUCCCUGUCCCAACCCGGUCGAUUUCAAUCCUUCUAAUGCUGCAAUGGAUUGUUCAUCACUUGGGCGUGGGUGUGAAGAAAAGCCUGAGCUUCGUCGGCACAGCUUGGAUCAAGAUUUGGCGGAUUUUUGGAUUCCUGAUUCUCUUCAUCUUGUUGAACGGCGUGAUUGCCGGAAUUCCAGUUGGGAUUAUCUGGUCUCGAGACUUGAGUCCCGAUAUUCAAUGCGCCGUGACCAUUGCGAUUGUCAUGCUCGUUGUUGGAAGCGUAGGGACAUCCUUUUGGAACUGGUGCGAGCCAGAGUUCCGAUCUGCAUUGCCGAUUCUGAUUGGCAGGUUCUUCAAGUACCGUUCAUACCCGAGUGUCAAGGUGGUCCUAAUAUCGGGGACAACGGUUGUGACUAUGGUGGUCUCGCUAGCAUUGCUUUGGACGCGACCACUUGCAUUGGGUAUCAAGUCGGGACUUACAAUUGGCAUCCUUUUGUUCAUGGUCCCACUUAUUGUGGGCUUAAUCUUCAACAGGGUGAUGAGCUUCUAG